UCAUUGUCUGUAUUCUAUUAAUUCAUUUUCAGAGGAGAAGGGCAGGAUACCAUCACUGCCGCUGCUGCUGCCACUACCCUUGUAAAAAUCAUGUCACUGAAAAUACUGAGUUGGAACAUCAAUGGCCUACGUUCAGUAAAACCUAAUUUGAAAGAAUUUUUAACAAGCUUGGAUGCUGACAUAAUAUGUUUGCAAGAGACAAAGGUUACUCGGGACAUGCUAGAAGAAUCCCAGGCCAUUAUCGAAGGUUAUUCCUCAUACUUCAGCUUCUCAAGGAAAAAAAGUGGGUAUUCAGGGGUGGCAACUUACUGCUCCCAGCGAGCCACACCCUUCGCAGCACAGGAAGGGCUUUCAGGUCUGUUCCCAGGUGAACUGAGUGAUGGCAGUGGAACACAAGUGGCCCUGCCAGGCACAUGGAAAGAGGAAGAGCUAAAAGACCUGGACAGUGAGGGCCGGGCAGUCAUAACGCAGCACAGGUUCAAGGAGGAGACUGGCAAGGAGAGGGAAGUGACUGUCAUCAACGUUUACUGUCCUCGUGUUGACCCUGAAAAGCCUGAACGACGGGGAUUCAAGCUGCGUUAUUAUGAGCUGAUGCGACAGAGAGCUGCUGCAGUUUUCGCCGCAGACUCUCAUGUGGUCAUUCUGGGUGACAUCAACUGUUCCCACAAGAGAAUUGACCAUUGUGACCCAGAUAAGAGUGAGGCCUUUGAGAAUAGACUUGAAAGAAGAUACCUUGACAACUUCCUUAUACCUCUCUACACCAGUGAUUGCAGAGAGAAGUCACUGCAUGAUGCAAAUUCACUGGAUAGUUGCAAAGAAGAAAACAACAUCAUGAAGAGGAAUACAUCAGAGACAAACCAGGAAAUAUCUGAAAUGGAGCCAGAGGAAGAACAAGCUGAUGACCACUUGCUGUCAUCCCAAACAACAUUCCAGAUGGUGGACACAUUCCGUUACUUUUAUCCCCAGAAGGAGGAAGCCUUCACUUGCUGGAAUGUUUCCACCAACAGCAGAUCAACCAAUUAUGGAACUCGACUAGAUUACAUAUUCUGUGAUGAAGGACUCUUACCACACAUUAAGGACAGCUUGGUUUUACAGGACAUCAUGGGGAGUGACCACUGCCCUGUAGUUGCUGAGGUCAAAGGAACACUCAUUCCCUCCACUCAGCUGCCUUCCUGUUGCACUAAGUUCUUUCCAGAAUUUCGAGGAGAGCAGCAAAAAUUAUCUUCAUAUUUCAAACCAAAAUGUGCCUCUGAUGAAAGUAGGAAGAUGUCAUUGCAUAAAUCUUCACACCCCUCUGAAAUGAGAAGUAUGCCUGCUGAUUUAUUAAAUACUUCUAAGAGAAAAAUUGAAAAUGGCAUAACAAAGUCAAAGGAUAAAAAGCAGUGCAAAGAGAAGCAGAAAAGCAUCAGUUCAUUUUUUACUGUGAAAGUCAAUGACCAGAAUCAAUCAGGGAAGUUAACAGACUCUCAGGAGUCAAACUGUGAAAGCAAAAACUUAGAAGAGUUUAGAUCUACAUCUGACUCUCUUGACAAUGACCAUUCUAGCGAUUCUGCUUCUCAGUCCAGUGGAAGCUCCCAGGAUAACUCAUGUCCUCAGCUCACUCAGAAGAGCAAGGAUAGCAAAAUAGAAGGUUCAAUAAAAUCAAGUCAGACUAAAAACCAAGGCUGGGGCUUCCUCAUGAAAGGACCCAAACCACUACCUCUCUGCCCAGGCCACAAGGAACCAUGUGUUCUUCAGACUGUCAAGAAAAAAGGACCCAAUAUCAAUCGACAGUUCUAUGCAUGUGCACGGGGUGUGGGCAAAGAGGGAGAUCCCAAUGCCAGGUGUAACUUUUUCAAGUGGGCUUCCAAGUAAUCCUAGACUUAAAUAGCUAGAGCUGGGAUUGAAUAAGUAAAAUAUCGAUGAUAAGUUUUAUUUUAAUGUAUAUUUUUAAUAAAUCUAAUAUCAAUAA